AUGCUUGCUCAGGUGGUUGGCGAGCCCCAAAACUCUGACUCUUCUCGGAAGCUGAGCUGUGGUUGUGACAGGAAGCUGUCUGCAAAAAAGGCAAAGAAGAAAGGCAUAUUCUGGGGCAUCGAGGUGACCAAAACACUCAGAUGGCAUGGCUGGGAAACUGGAAAAGAGAUGAUCAAACAUCUGAUCUUGAAAAACGUUCAUGAGAGAACCCAGAAGCUGAGCUACAGAUGUCCUUCCACAGGAUUCUUCUUCACCGUUUUUCCACAGCCGAUUGUUCUGAGCCCUGGUAUAUCCUUAACUCUGCCCAUCGUUUUCCGUCCCACUGAAAAGAGGGAGUAUGAAGACAGCAUCCGCUUUAAGAAGGCUGAAGGCGAGUUCUCUGUCACCCUCCGUGCUACACUUCCAUGUCCCUGUCUGUCCUUCCCAGCUACUGUCCAGUUGCCCACCUGUGCUGUCAACAAUGUCACGGAGAGAGCAUUCUCUCUGCGCAAUAUUGGUGAUCUUGCUACCAGCUUUGCCUGGAAGACACCAAGCCCUUUCUCUAUGAUUCCUAAAUUUGGAAUGUUGAAGCCAGGUGCUGAGUUCAUGGUCAAGGUGGUCUUCCAACCCAAGAUGGCUGCAGUGUACAAUGUGGCAGCAACAUGCUGCUUUGGAGUUGAAGAGAAACAAAAGAGGACUAUCCAACUAAAAGCCAUGGCAAAAUACCCCUACCUGCGGGUGAGUCUGACAGGGGAAGAGUAUGAAGGUGUACAGCCCGAAACAUUUGAGGAUGUGCUGUGCUUUGGAUCAGUGCCAGUGGGGACAACUGUGGAGAAAUGUGUAGAAAUCUGCAAUAUGUCUGUGGUUGAUGCACCAUGUAGGAUAGAAAGAGAAAACGAUUCUCUGGUUCAAGAUUAUGUUUUCUCCUGUGAUGUAUCCCAUGAUGUUGUCCCUGCCAAAGGAAAGCUGGUCUUGUGCAUACGAUUUCAGCCUCAGAUUGUAGGAGAGCACAGUACUGACUAUUUCACUAUCAUAUAUGCUGGAUGCCUCCUGAAGACUGUCCUGAAGGUGGUUGGCUCAUGUAGAGGUCCUUUGGUGUACCUGCACCAAUACUCUGUAGACUUUGACUGGAUCAAUCUCGGGGAAAGUUCGAUCCAGACACUGAAAAUCAGCAACAUCUCAAACGUCCGGGCCUAUUAUCAGUUUGAUAUUGAUGGCAGAGGGAGCGUCUUCUCCUUGGAUCACCCCUGUGGAGUCUUGGAGGGCAAAACAACACAAACGCUGAAGGUGACCUUUCAACCUACUCACCCCAUCAGCUAUCACCGCAGAGUGGUGUGCCUUGUCCAUCAUCAGGAACCCAUAUAUGUGGACUUUUUUGGUACCUGCCACUCAGACACAGCUAAGCCAGCUAUCCUUCAUGCAAGAAACCUCUUCUGGUACCGAACCAACAUGGUGAGGGAACUGACCUUCUACCCCCCUGAUAUCUUGAGUAUGAUGCUGAAAGAUGGGAAGUUGCAGGUGGAUGAAAAGGGAGCCCUCAUGCUGCCUCCUGAGAUCCCUCAGGACAAGCCUCCCAAGGAAUUUGUUGAAGCCAACUCCAUGAUUGAAUACUUCUACGAUGGUGUAAGCAGUGACCUGGCCUUGUUUACACCUCAUGUUAGUGUCAGCCCCACAGAGCAUGAUUUUGGUUGCUGUGUGCCACUCCACCAUGUAGAAGCACUUCCACUCUGUGUUACCAACCACACCAAAGGAAAGAUCACUGUUGCCUGGACUCCCAGCCAUGACAGUGCCAUCCGAGUGAGCCCUGAAAUCUGUGACAUCCCACCUUUGAAGUCUUCAGCCUUUCGAGUCCUUUUCCAGCCCACUCAGCUCAACAGUCUCUAUGCAGCAGAGCUGGAGGGUUUUGCCUUCUACAAGGUGCUGAGUCACUACAGCAACAUCAGAGAGGAAGCCACUAUCUGUCCAUCCUGGUGCCUGACUGUCAGGCUGAGAGCACACACGUAUGAAGCAGGACGGGAGCACUUCAUCCCACAGUACAUCCUGGAUGUCCCCAAGACUUUUCCUCCUGUGACUCCUAACACUGAUACCUACUGCAGUAUGCUGCUCUUGAACACGGGCACCUCCUUGAUGACUUUCAAUGUGAACCAAGCUGCCUGUCCCUCUGUUUCAAUCAAGCCCUGCUCAGGACUCAUCAUUCCAGGUGGCCACCAGAUUUUCUUUCUCUCCACUCACCCAGUUAACACAGCCUCACAGCAGCACGUCCUGCCUUUGCAGCUGAAUUCUUAUCUUGGAUACACCAAGGAGAUUGCUCUCCGAAGUUGUGGGGAGCCCCUUCUUUUGCUCUUAGAAGGUGAUGGGAUUCUAUACUUCAAGCCGUCUGAUACACGAAUGUAUACCAUUAAAAACUGCACAAGGCUACCCAUGGUUUUCACAUGGAAGAUCCAUCAGUCUGAGAGCAAGAUCCUGUCUGUCAGACCCACUACAGGGAUCCUCCAGCCCUAUGAAGCCAUGGCUCAGAUGUGGACUUUUACUCCUGUCAAGGAGACCAAGUAUCUGCUGCGAGCUAUGGUGUUUGUGAGGAGGAAAAGCCCAGACCCAGCAUCUCCUGAAAGUGUCCAUUAUGCCUUACGCAUUGUUGGACAGGGGGCACUGGGCACCAUCAGGGCACAAGAGGAGCACCUGGACCUCGGAAAUGUUCUGGUUGGUGAUGUGCAAAGCUGCAGGGUUACACUGCUAAAUGAUGGGAUCUGCUCUUUGAAGUACAUCCUCAGUGUGGAACAACAGAUCUCCGGGACUUGUGACCCCAAGGAGGUCCGCAGCGAUCCUCUGGCUUUGGAGCUGGAACACUCCACAGGGGCAAUCCCCGCAAGGUCUAAAGCUUUUGUCCAAGUAACAGUCAGACCAGCCCAUCGGUUGCGUUACACCUGGACAAUCAAAUACGCGAUUUGCACCCCCACAGCUACAGAUCUUUCAAGCACAAAAGAGGAGCAGCAGUCCCUCUGCUGCAUUGUAGCAACAGGCAUCUACCCAACUCUCUGCAUCGCAGAUGCCCACUCAGCAGGGAGUGCCAGCAAUAUCAGCAAGUUGCACCUCUGGAGGCUCUUUUCCUUGAACGCACUGAAUAAAUACUUGGAGCAAGACCCGACUCCCAGCGAGCUCACCUACAGAGUUCCCACAAGGCACAGCACAUGCUUGAUCCCUCCAGUAUACACCCCUCUCCUGCUGGAUUUCAACUUUGGGGCUGCCCCGAUAGUCUCUGAGCCUACGAUUGUGAUGCUCCUGCUAGCGAACAAGGGUGUAGUGCCUGUGGAGUGGGCUUUCCUGUUUCCUUCUGAUCAGAAGAUGGACAUGGAGCACUGGGCAGAGGUUGCUGAGUUUAGCUCCUGUGAGCUGCACCAGAUGAGAAUUCAGGAUAACCAGCUCUUCAGUGUCUCCCCAAAGUCAGGGAAACUUCUUCCAGGACAGGAGGAAUCUGUCCAGCUCUCACACAGACAUGAUUUCAUUGGCACUGAUCACCUCCCUGUCCUGCUGAACAGAUCCUCACCUAGGAACCUGGUGGAAUGUGCAAAACAUACGCUGAACUUCAGCGGUGUGACGCUGGAACAGGACCAGCCGUACAUUCAUUUUGCAGCCAUUAAGCAUCACUUCAGACCCAUUGCCAUUGGGAUGUUCCACCCUCCCACACAGACUUACGACCUCUACAAUUGUGGCUCCGUGCCUGUGAUGUUUGAGGUUCAGCUGGACAGCAUUGCGCGGAUCCAGGAGGAGAAUAAUAAGCAUCCUGUGUUUGUCUGCCUAACUCCUAGAGGAGAAAUCCCCCCUGGCAAAACAGGCCACAUUGAAUGGAUCUUCUCACCACUGGAAGCUAAAACAUACUUGGUUGAUGUUCCCAUCCAUGUCCUUGGAGGCGAAUCAGCUCUGAUCACCUUCCAGGGAGCAGGCUACGAUCCGAAUACCGCAGGAGAGACUGCCACAUCCGGUGAUGUUUUGUCUCCUUCAGUCUUUCCAGUUUCUCCCAGGCUAACUGUACCUGGGCAGGCAGCUGCCUUGUCACACCAGAGAAUUUGCUUUGGAAAUAUCCCAGACUGCACCAAAGCCAGUCAACUUGUCUUUCUCAACAACAUCUCGGAGAGCAAGGCUGUUGUGUUUGCCUGGAAGAUAAAUACUUGUAAAGACAAGAGGGUGUUGCAGAUUGCUCCAGAGUCAGGGGUUGUGGAGCCUGGAGAGAGCAUCCCCUGCUUCAUCACACUGCAACCUUUAGGGUGUGCUUCCUUUUUCAGCACGGAUCUGGUGUGUGAGGUAUACAUCCAGGAGACCCUGGCUCAGUAUGAGAGGGACCUGCAGGAGCGGGUAAAGGAAAAGGAAUGGCAGGCUGUAGAAUUCACCAUCACAGAGAAGGACCUUGGGACUAAGAAGCCAAAGCCACCUGCAAGGAGGUCAUCAGAUUCUGCCAAGACAGAAAAUCUUCCUGAAUCCUCAGCUGUGUUCAGGAAAUACAAGACAUUACCCCCCAUUAAAAAACACCAUAUGGCCAAUUUCCCAGCUGGACACUUACAGAGGAGGCUGCUGUUGGACAAAGAAGCCAGUCAGAUGUGGGUCAAACCAGAGCCUCCUAAGCCCAUCCUCUUACACCUUUGUGUGACAGCCAGGUCCUACUCUACUGAGGACUUCUACAACAACUUCACCUCGAAGUUCCCCAAAUACUUCUUGUCCCGCCCCUUCAGUGACCAGCCCUUGAAGACCAAGAUUGUGGGUGGCAGUAAGGACAGAGACAAGAUGGACAUGGACCCCAAAUUGCUAUCCCUGGCUACUGCUUCUGAACAGGAGUUGCAGAUAGUGACUGACAUACUCCAAGAUGUCAUCAGCCUCUUGGACAACCCUGAGUUCCAUGAUGCCAUGAGAAGAAGCCUGGAUGAGCCCAUUCCAUAUUUCUCCCAGUUCUGGAGUGCAGAAUCAGCAGAGCUCCAGAACAGGAGACAGUGCUCCACAGUCCCCUCUAGGGUCCCUGCUUCCCCAGAUCUUUGUCCUGAGGAGGAUGGAGAGGGAAAAGAAAAGAGGCAGGAAACCUCUCCCAGUGAUGAUUUGCUGGACUCUUUGGAGAUUUUGCACCACGAGCAGUUGAGGGAGCAGAAGGAAAUGAUAAGGAGGCAGCCAGCCCUUGGGAACCUGGUGGAGUCAAUGCUGGAAAACAUGGUGCAGAACAUCCUGAUUGAAGCCAGCCGUGGGGAGCUGGAGCUGACAGCCCAGCCCAGGGUCAUUGGUCUGCCUCUCAGCCCUUCCCAAAGGUAG